AACAAAGUUGCCCACACGGUGUGCGCAGAGGGGAGAUGUCUCGAGAGCGCAUCACAGGACGACCCUCCUCCUCCUCCUCCUCCUCCUCCUCCUCCUGUAAGACGCAGUGCCAGAACAGAGCAUCUCUGGUGGGAGAGCACAUUUGUCAGGAAGAGGGGGAAACCUCUUACUUCCCAACACUCAAAUACUUCCUAUAUAUCCGACAUGAACCAUCGGGUCUUUCCUGCUGCGCAGAGAUGAUGUAAAGAUAAAGUAGGGGAGCUCCAGCGGGGAUCUUGGACGCACGGAUGCGGAAUGUGCCAAAAGGAGUCUGGAAAUGCGCACAAAAAGUAGAGAGAAGUGAGUUUUUGGGGAGCCACAGCAGGAUGGACACUGCGGAGGUUAUUUUGUCCGUGCUGGUGGUUGUGAUCAUCAUUGUGUCGUUGCUGUCCAACGUGGUGGUGCUGAUCUGCUUCCUCUACAACCCGGAGAUCCGCAAGCAGGUCCCCGGUCUGUUCAACCUCAACCUCACCUUCUGCAACUUGUUGCUGACGGUGUCCAACAUGCCGCUCACUUUGGUGGGACUCGUCAGCCAGGCGCAGCCGGGCGGGGACGGCUUCUGCCAGAUCGUGGGUUUCCUGGAGACUUUCCUGUCCACCAACUCCAUGCUGAGCAUGGCCGCGCUGAGCAUUGACAGGUGGAUCGCGGUGGUGUUCCCCUUGAGGUAUCACUCCAAAAUGCGGCACAGAGACGCAGCGUUCGUGCUGGGGUACACGUGGGCGCACUCCGUGUCCUUCUCCACGGUGGCGGCUUGCCUCUCCUGGGUGGGAUACCACCGACUUUACGCGUCCUGCACGCUGGCCAACCCGCGGGCGAGCAGCAGAACCCAGUUCGUCAUCUUCACCGUCUUCUUCCACUCCUUCACCUUCCUCCUGUCCUUUAUAGUGCUGUGUUUCACAUACCUCAAAGUUCUCAAAGUGGCAAGAUUCCAUUGUAAGAGAAUCGACGUUAUAACAAUGCAAACUCUUGUGCUGCUGGUGGACAUACACCCCAGCGUUCGACAACGUUGUCUAGAAGAGCAGAAGAGGCGGCGUCAGAGAGCAACGAGGAAGAUCAGCACCUUCAUCGGCACCUUCAUGCUCUGCUUUGCUCCGUACGUGAUCACAAGGAUUGUGGAGUUAUUUCCAGCAGUGCCUAUCAACCCUCACUGGGGAAUUGUCUCCAAGUGCUUAGCUUACAGCAAGGCAGCCUGCGACCCCUUUGUGUACUCCCUGCUGCGACACCAGUACAAGAAGACAUGCACAGACAUAAUCAACAAGAUGCUCAAGCGCAGCUCCUUGAACGCAUCGGAACGUGUGCCUGAGCAGCGGGGCAAUAACUUACCAACAGCAGAGGGAUGAAGAGGAAGAGCCAAAAACUAUCCUGGAAAUAUGAAUCCCUUUUAUUUCUGAUGAAGACGAGGACAUAUUUUUAUUUAUUUAUUUUUUCUGUCCUUGUCUGCUUGACUUGUUGACAUUUUUUUUUAAUUUCAAAAAAAAAAAAGAGACACUGCAGGAAAAAGCAAACACAGCAGGAGUGCACCUGUGCUGAGUGGCCGGAGCAGCUGAUCAGCAUGAAGAAUUUGCUUUAAGGACAGAUUUCCCCUUCAUCUGGAGACAAAAUGUGCUCAGCAAGGAAGAACCACUAGUUCAUAUUUUUGUUUUUUACUAUUUUAGUCUGGAAAAAAAAGUUUUUGUUAAAAGUAUUUAAGGAAAGUAGGAAUUUCUGUAUGUAGCGAUGGUAACUAACCAAACCCAAUGAUUUGAAAUGAUUCAAUAUCCGAUUUCGAUAUCUAAUUUUGUGGAUUAUAAUUUUACAUCAGUGCUGCUCAGGUUUUUAUGGAGAGUAAUGCUACGUAUACAUGUGCAGCUAAUGUUCGCCACCUACAGUUGGAAGAGUCUUGGCGCGAAAUGUUAAAGUCUCACAAAUCUAGCUCCAGACUUUUUCUUUCACAGCUCUAUUCCGAUAUCUGAAAGCUUCGAUGACGCAUAAUUCCAUCCGGGCAAAAAAACGCUUUUAUUAAUUUCUUCUUUAUGAUCAAAUUUGAAACGGUUGGUACUUCCAUAAAUUUAAAAGGACGCUACCCAUACGUCACUACCAAAUCGGAGUCCCUGAUUGGUGAUUGGUUUAACUUUCAAUGCCCAAACGUGGAAGCCUAAAACUCAUGUUAAUUGCGUUUACAUAGACUUUUCAUUGGAAGUGGUUGCUUUAGCGCACAUUGUCAAAGGCGGUGUGAACGUAGCAUGAGUAUUAACCAAAUUUUCCACAUUUAAAGUACACUUUUGACAAGUUGGCCUUUUAACGUUCAUCUUAAACAUUUCCGUGACCAAUCCUGAAAGGUUUAAUGGUCAAAAAAAUCCCUUAGACCAGCUGCAUUUGCUGUUUUGACCACCGUUUAGGCUGUUUAGCCAAGUGGAACAUGAUCAAUUGUACUUGCUUGGAUUAGUACGCGCAGCCACCAGUGACCCAAUAAGACCACUUGAUGUUCAUUUUGACUUGAUUACUAAGACAGAUCUUUAAGCCUGGACCUAAACAUUUCUUAGAACAAAUUCAUCUCUGGAGGCUGGCCUAAUGAUUUUCUUUAGUUUGUGGUUUGCCCUCAUUAAAAGUUUCUGCUUCCUGCCAGAAAUAUCGAGGGGUGGCGGCAAUAGCUUAGAAAGACAACUAAAACUUUUUCAUACUAUUAAAAAAAAAGAUUGUAUAAAAACUUCUAUAAGUAAAUCACUGGUACAUCAACCCCUCCCCUGUGAUUGUGGGAAAGAAUUGCAUUUCUCUCAAAUUUUGGGUUCGAUAUACAAUUUUGGAAGCUGCUAAGGCUCAAAAACACAGACAGUUUUGAAGUUUCACAUGAAAGGUUAAAGAGUGCAAGAAAAAAAAAGAAUUAUUUUGGACACAAUAAUCGGAGAAAAAACUUAAAAAUACCAAUUUUUCCUUAUUGUCUGUAAGUCACAUGUAGUUUAGAUUAGUUUUGAGCCACAAAACAAACCAGUAUUUUCAUAUUCAUAUAUCUAUAUUUUCUACAUUUGACUAUUAAACAUAUCCCUUUGAAUGCUAAUGUUUUUACAUCCUCAAUGGGGAAUUUUUCCAACUUUACGAUUCACCAAACAUGACCGCCUGCUCGUCUUACCUUGCUCUGUUGUCCCUUAUUUUCUUAUUUAUUCCUGGAUGUUUGUAGCCUUUGGGUAGAAAAUGUGUGGACAGGUUUGAGAACUGACAACUAUCAGUUCAAAUCAUCACUCAACCACAGUACAUACACGUGUACACACACUGACAGAACCAUGGAGUGGAUCUGAUAUGACAGAAAAUCCUUUUCAACUUGAAAACAUUAAUGGUUUUUUUUAUUUUUUUUCUUUAAAUCAAUACCAAGUGUGAUUGAAGGAGCUAAAUUCACAUUAAAAGUUUUGACUCUAUUUAUGUUAUAAAAUAGAAGAAAAAAAAAGUUUAAAAAAGUAUUUGAGUUUGUUGCUCCAAGCAUUUUAGGCUGUAGAUUAGUAUAAUAUUUAACUGUAGAAACACAUUUCAAAAUAUUUCACAGCUUUGCCAACAUUUGAAUUAAUCUGCUGUCAAAGCAACUUUAUUUUCCAAAGUGUUUGUGUUCUUAAAUCUUUGCAGCACAAACAUAAAUGGCAUUUGAACUGGUUUUGAUAGGAAUCAUUAAACUCCAACAUGUGUUUAUUGCUGUAACGCAAAGGGUUUUUAAAGGAAGUGUAAAUGACUUUAUUUUAUAUGUUUUGAUUAAACCCAGUUGCUUUUGCUGUAGCAUUUUGUAGAUUCCUGCAUUUUAGGAGGACAGCUCUAAGCCCGUAAGCCCCUCUGACUUAUCCUCACGGCUGAUGUUGAACCCAUUAUGCCACUUUUUUCUGUGCCAAAGCCAGACAGUGCUGCAUAGGAGCCUUUUGACUGGGCUCCACUUAUUCAUGAAGUCUUCUCACAACUAGAGAAAACAAUAAAUAAAUAUAUUUCUAUAGAGUUUGUAUGAACAUCAGAAGGUUCCUUGACUUUGGGCCAAAGUUAGCACUGACCCCCCACUUCUAAGUAGCAUUUCACAAUAAAAGACAACUAAAAAGUUUUAUUGGAACUAAAUAAAAUGUCAGUUUAACAUUCUCAAACACAUAAUAGAUAAAGUAUAAAAACUGUCUCAAAAUAAAUAUAUUUUUAAAAUGUAUUUUUCUUUCCCUGUUUUUUUAAAAUUGCCAUCAAUUAUAUUUAUCAAUUGAACUUUUUUCUGCUAAAUCUUAAGAAAAUGUAAUUAUCGACACUGAUGACAGCUGUGUUUUUGGUUUUAAGAAAAAAACAGGCUAAAUACUGGGUGCAAGAUUUAGAAGUAUUUUGGGUCUUUUUGAAAUAUGUAAUUGUUAUUUAUUACAGCGCUAUUUAUUUCUGAGUUUUACAGAAUGUGCUGCUUUUCAAGCAAAUUGUGUUUUAUGGUGACAAUGAGAUGAUUGUAGUAUACCUUGUCUUCUGUUGGUAACCGAUUAACUGCCUCAUAAGUUUUUUUUUUUUAUGUCCUUAAACUUUGACUUGAAACUGCUGCGGCUGAAAGUAGGAAAAGCAGCAACGGUGAUGUAAUUUCCAGUGUGAUAAAUUGAUAUUUUUAUUUUUUAUAUGAUGAAAGAAAUGUUUAAUUGUUUUUUUGUUUUGUUGGAUGUAAUUUGCUGAUUGGGUAAAUGACAAAAAUAAUUUUAAGAUUUUACCCAGAAAUAGUAAAGUACUGUAAAUGUAUUAAUUGGAUAUUUAUAAAGGAGUAUUUAUAAAGCAGUUUAUGCUUCCUACUGA